AUGAAUAACAACAACACUAACAUCAAUUUGCUAUUUCUCAAAAAUAAUUUCUAUGACAUCAACAACGAUAGUGGCAACUUCAGCGGCUACAUCAACGACGACGAUGGCGACAACAACAACAUCAUCAACAACAGUAAUAACAUUACUAACAACAACAACAAUGGCAUUAACUUUUCAAAUGACUCCUUACAAGAAUCAGAUUUCUUGAUGAGUGAGUUGACGAAGAAGAACUUCAGAAGGCAUCUGAGUACUUGGGCUAAACAGAUACCGAUUAUUGUCGGUGACUUUCAUAGGAAUAACAUUUGCCGUGAAAAAAUUGUUACGAAAGCGUUAUAA